CGGGACUAGAGUAGUAUCAUCGAACCAACCAAAACCCACUGUCCGACUGCUCAGCCCGACUCGAUCGACCACCAACGCAACCAUAUCCUCCAAAACGGCAUCCGGGUCAUUCCUACGCAGGACGCUGCACUCACCCAUCGCAAACAGCUUCCUCAGUAGACGACCAAAUAGUACGACAACCAACAAGAUGGCCCAAUCUACCCCUUCAUCGAUCCAGGAACUCAUGGAUAAGAAACAGAAGGAGGCUACCUUGGAUAUGGGCGGUAACUUCACUAAACGUGAUGACUUGAUUAGAUACGAAAAAGAGGCUCAAGAGAAAUGGGCAAAUUCGAAUAUCUUUCAGACCGACUCUCCAUACAUAGAGAACCCAGAACUAAAAGAUUUGAGUGGAGAAGAGCUACGAGAAAAAUACCCGAAAUUCUUUGGAACAUUUCCUUAUCCUUACAUGAAUGGCUCGCUUCACCUUGGCCACGCAUUCACGAUCUCCAAGAUUGAAUUUGCGGUCGGAUUCGAAAGGAUGCGGGGUAGGAGGGCGCUUUUCCCGGUAGGAUGGCAUGCCACUGGAAUGCCCAUUAAAUCAGCUUCGGAUAAGAUCAUUCGAGAACUAGAGCAAUUCGGCCAAGACCUAUCCAAGUUUGAUUCGCAAUCUAACCCGAUGAUCGAGACAAAUGAAGACAAGAGUGCCACUGAACCCACCACAGCGUCCGAAAGUCAAGAUAAGAGCAAGGCGAAGAAGGGCAAGAUCCAAGCCAAGUCGACCGGCUUGCAAUACCAGUUUCAGAUCAUGGAGAGUAUCGGGGUCUCCAGAACGGAUAUCCCAAAAUUCGCUGAUCCGCAGUAUUGGCUUCAAUAUUUCCCACCAAUUGCUAAGAAUGAUUUGAAUGCAUUUGGAGCUCGAGUGGAUUGGCGGAGAUCGUUUAUUACGACGGAUAUCAAUCCAUACUAUGAUGCGUUUGUGCGAUGGCAAAUGAACCGACUGAAGGAGAAGGGAUACGUGAAGUUUGGAGAACGAUACACGAUCUACAGUCCCAAGGAUGGCCAACCAUGCAUGGACCAUGAUCGGUCGAGUGGCGAACGACUAGGGUCGCAAGAGUACACAUGUCUGAAGAUGAAGGUGUUAGAGUGGGGCCCCCAGGCGGGCGAUCUGGCGGCCAAGCUGGGCGGGAAGGAUGUGUUCUUUGUGGCGGCGACUCUUCGGCCGGAGACGAUGUAUGGCCAGACCAAUUGUUUUGUGGGUCCGAACAUCGAGUACGGCCUAUUCGAGAUGAAGGACGGCUCGUUGUACAUCUGCACGGCCCGGGCGGCGCGGAACAUGGCCUUCCAGAACUUGACCGUCGAGCGUGGGGCGGUCAAUCAGGUGGCUAGCGUCCAAGGCAGCGCCCUCUAUGGCACCAAGAUCCAUGCUCCCAACGCCAUCCAUCAGGCCGUCUACAUCCUGCCCAUGGAGACCGUCCUGGCCACCAAAGGUACCGGCGUGGUCACCUCGGUGCCCUCGGACUCGCCGGACGACUACAUCAAUCUGAUGCAUCUGCGUAAGAAGGCGGCCUACUAUGGCCUCGAUCCAGCGUGGGUCAGUCUCGACCCGAUCCCCGUGCUCUCGACCCCCGAGUUCGGCGAGAUGUCGGCGCCCAAAUUGGUCUCCACUCUCAAGAUCGACUCUCCUAAGGAUGCGGCCAAGCUGGCGGAGGCCAAGGAACGAGCAUACAAGGCCGGCUUUUACCAGGGUAUCAUGUCCGUCGGCCCGUUUGCGGGCGAGCCAGUCGAGAAAGCGAAACCGAAGGUGCGGGAAGAGUUGAUCAAACAGGGCUGUGCAUUUGCCUAUGCGGAGCCAGAAGGCCAGAUCAUCAGCCGAAGCAACGACGAAUGUGUGGUAGCACUAUGUGACCAAUGGUACCUGGACUACGGGGAGCCCACGUGGCAAGCUAAGGCGUUCAAGCUACUCGAACGGAUGCAGAUCCGGGACGGGGCGACGAAGAAGAAAUUCCAGGAGGAUCUGGAUUGGUUGCACCAAUGGGCAUGUGCCCGAAGCUAUGGCCUCGGCUCCCGGCUGCCCUGGGACCCGCAGUUCCUCGUUGAGUCGCUCUCGGACUCGACGAUCUAUAUGGCCUAUUACACCCUCUCCCAUCUCUUACAUGGUGGAGAUAUCUUUGGGAAGACGACGGGACCUUUAGGAGUUACUCCAGACCAAAUGACCGAUCAGAUGUGGGACUACAUCUUCGGUACCGAUCAAAUCACUUUCAAAGCCGACCCCAUCCAAGACCCCUUGUCAAAGGACAAAGCUGACCUGCUCAGGAGAGAAUUCAGAUACUUUUAUCCAAUGGAUGUUCGUUCAUCCGGCAAAGAUCUGAUCUCCAAUCAUCUCUGCUUUUGUAUCUACGUUCAUACCGCUCUCUUUGAUGAACAAUUUUGGCCUCGUACUAUGAGGGCCAAUGGUCAUCUUAUGUUGAACGGUAAAAAAAUGAGUAAAUCGACUGGGAAUUCCUUGACGCUUUGUGAUAGUCUUAAGAAGUUUGGAGCCGAUGCAACCAGAUUGACCCUAGCCGACUCGGGCGAUGGAUUUGAUGAUGCGAACUUCGAAGAGCUUACUGCGAAUGCGUCGAUCUUGCGAUUGCAUACUCUUCUGGAAUGGUGUAGAGAAGUUAUUAGUAAUAAUUCCGACUUUCGAACAGGGCCUUUUACUCUGUUCGAUCAGAUCUUCGAAAACGAAACUAAAUUGGCUAUCAACAAAACUUAUAAAGCUUAUGAUGAAUCUUGUUAUAAAGAAGCCCAAAAGGUGGGAUUUUAUGAAUUAUUAGGGGCCCGAGAUUGGUACCGAGAUUUUACAUCAGAAGAAGGAGGGAUGCAUGGAGAAUUACUGCGGAACUACGUGAGGAUACAAGCGUUACUGAUAGCCCCCAUAGCACCCCACUUUGCGGAAUAUGUAUGGGGGACGAUUUUAGGGGAAUCCGGCUCGAUUCAAAACGCAUCGUUUCCGGAAGGAAACCAGAGUGUCGAUCAAUCGAUGAUCGAUGCGGCUGAGUAUGUCAAGGAGACUGUUCGCAGCGUCCGGACGACCGAAAUCAACCUCGCUAAACGCAAGGCUAAGGCUAAAGGAGUCCAGCUCUCCUUCGACCCUUCCAAACCUAAACGGCUGCGGAUCUUCGUCGCCGAUACAUUCCCCGCUUGGCAAAGCUCUUGUAUCGACGCCCUGCAGAAAAACUUGGACCCUCUCACCACUUCUAUCGAUGAGAAAUCCCUUCGUGCUGAUCUGGAAAAAAUGGGUCUCUUUAAAGAUAAACGUACCAUGCCAUUUAUAAUGAUGAUGAAAGGAAAGCUUAAGACACAUGGAAAGAGUGCCUUAGAACGAAGCCUGACGUUUGAAGAGAACGAGAUCUUGACGAAAGCGAUGGGAUAUUUGAAGCGGACGUUGAACUACGAAGAGGUGGAGAUCGAGUCGCUGGGUUCUGGACUGGCCCAUCUCGAGAAACUCGAGCAUGAACAUUCUUCGGCUGGGACUCCUAAUGCUGGAUUCGAUCAGUUCGGCUACAAUCGCGCUAUCAUCGAGGCGUCUCAACCUGGCUCUCCCGCUUUUGUCGUCUAUAAUUCGCCUGUCUAGCCCCCCCCCCCCCCUCCUUUUCUGCUGUUUUGUUUCAUUCAUAUACAAUACCACCCAUUUUUCUUGUAUUUUCUUCAGGUUUUUUUUUUUUAAUUUUUUGAGUCAAUUCAUUCAUUGAUUUUCAAGAAAGAA